AUGGCAAGCGAAACUAAAAUCAUGAAAAAAGAAGAAGAUGAAACUGCCCUUCAUGCACCAUCAGACAGGCUCAGCUACCUACCAAACGAGCUGUUGACUAUGGUCAUCUCUUCCCUCUCCGUCGCUGAAGCCGCGAGGACAAGCACCCUGGCGAAAUCAUGGCAGGGAUUGUGGAGGCACGCCGAACGUCUCGAAUUCGAUGAAACUACCAUGCCAAGGCCUUCCAUAUUGCCUAAGAAAAGACAGAUUGGUACUGGUAGCCUAUAUGGCACUGUCAUAUGUAUGGUCUUUAAUAGCUAUGUUGGUGAUUUAACAAGUGUUAGCUUCAAACACUUCCCUAGGAGUAUUGCCGUUGGCGAAUUGGACUUUUGGGUUGACUUUGUUCUGAAUAAAUUCAGAAAGAUAAAUUCUUUGAGCUUAGAAUGUGAGCGUUUGGUUCCAGAACCUGAACCCCCAUUUUUUCUUAUGGGAUCUAAAUCAGUCAAACUUAAUUUCCGCCCUAUGGAUUCUUCAAACCUGAAUUCAUUAGAGUUGACCAAUUACACGAUGACUACGUCAACGCCAGAAGCUUUGAAUGGGUGUGGCUGGAAAUUGAAAAUCCUAAAGUUGAAGAACAUGCGUAUGAGCGAUGACGUCAUCAAUGGUGUUUUGCGCAAAUGUUUGGGUUUGGAGAGUUUGAGUAUUGUUGAGUCAAAGGGGUUUAAGACACUUAAGAUCAACAAUCCAUGGCUUAAGUUCUUGGAGCUUGGGUGGUUGAUUGUGAAUGAGGUUAAUCUUAGUGUUGAGAGACUUGAAACCUUGGUUGUUGAUUCUUUAAUGUGUCCACCAAAGGGUUUGAAAAUCUAUACCGUUAACCUGAAGAUUUUCCACCUUUCUUGCAACUCAAUUGCUCAAAGAAUGCGUAUCCGGCGUUCAUAUAACCAACCUCUUUUGAAAACGCAAGAUAUUUUUGAAUAUUGCACUGAUCUUUUGGGAUAUAAUUCAUUCAACAUUUUUCAAAAUAUAUUGAUUGCGUCAAUUGACUUGGAUUUGAAUAACAUAAGAGAAUCUAUGGCACUUUCCUACAUACUAAGAUUAUCCCUCUGCCUUGAAACUCUUGAAAUAACAAUACCGCCGGUAGAGGAAGACGAUUUUUUGGCGGGUGCAAAUAAUUCUUAUGAUAAUGUCUGUUUGUCAUUUCCAACGUCAAUGUUCUGGGAGAGGAACAACCUGUACAAUUGUAUGAAUCACACAUUAAAGUUUGUAACCAUAAAAGGAUUCACAGGAAAAGAACAAGAGGUCAAAUUUAUCCAGCACAUCAUAAAAAAUGCCACAACAAUAAAAAAGAUUACCAUAAUCAGUGAUUCAGCAACAAUAUUGAAAGAGGCAGAAGCUCUUCUUAUAUUACCAAGAAAUUCAAUUUACCUCUCCAUAAUAUUCAAGUCAGAAUCGGAUGAUGUUGCUCAGCUCACUUCCCAAGUCAAUAAUAAGAUGUCAUUUUUAGACUCGGAGGAGUAUUAG